GGUGGCUAAAGCUACGUGUCCUUGUCCCCCGUGGGCAGCCUCUGCACGAACGGCCUCGGAUCCCCAGUUGGAAGGGCCUCACCCAGCCACCACCUCCUGGGAAAACCAGCCUGGAGCUAUGAAGACCAAGAACCGGCCCCCUCGGCGCCGGACACCCAUGCAGGACGCAGAAGCCACCCCAGGAGAGCAGACGCCUGACAGACCCCAGUCAGGCUCAGGGGGGUCAGAGUUGACAAAGGGUCUCCGGAGCAGGACAGCGCGUGCAAGCGGAGGUCGGGGAGAGGUCAGCCGCCGGCGACAGGGGUCUGGUGGCCGCAGGGAGAACAGUGUUCAGAGGCGGCUGGAGAGCAAUGAGCGGGAGAGACAGCGGAUGCAUAAACUCAACAAUGCCUUCCAGGCACUGCGCGAGGUCAUCCCGCAUGUGCGGGCUGACAAGAAGCUCUCCAAGAUUGAGACCCUCACGCUGGCCAAGAACUAUAUCAAGUCGCUGACCGCCACUAUACUUACUAUGUCCAGCAGCCGCCUCCCGGGGCUGGAGGCACCAGGUCCUGCGCCAGGCCCUAAAUUAUACCAGCACUACCAUCACCAGCAGCAGCAACAGCAGCAGCAGCAGCAGCAGGUAGCUGGGGCCAUGCUUGGUGUCACUGAGGACCAGCCCCAAGGCCACCUGCAACGCUACUCUACACAGAUCCACAGCUUCAGAGAGGGGAGCUAGCACAUGCCUCAGGCUCCGGGGCAGGUUGGCAGUGAGGAGCCCCCUUGUUCUUCUCAGCUGUGGUCCCUCUGUGCUGCAAGCCCCAGACUGGUAAUGACACCAGUGAGGUCCCUGAGGGGUUUUUGUUGUUGACGAAAGCCCUCUCAUGGCCCAAGCUGGCCUUGAACUCUCCUCACCUCCGUCUUCUCUAGGGCUGGGAUUACAGGCAUACAUCAUGGCAUGUUGCCACGCUGGGGACUGAGCUAAGGGCUGUGUGUGUGUGCAUUCAGCAAGCUCUCUAGCAACUGAGCUGCAUUCCCAGCCCAAAGUUGACUCACAGUUCCUCCAUUUUCCUUGAAACUC